CCCAGUAUCACUUUUAGUUUUUUUUCCACAUUUUAAGAGAAACAAAACGUUAGUCUUUGGUCUGUUUUCAUGGCAAAAACAGUUCAUAUAGCUGUUGUUUCUAGUCCUGGUUUCAGCCACCUCGCCCCUAUAAUUGAGUUCACUAAGCGACUUGUCAAACUUCACCCAAAUUUUCAUGUCACCUGCAUCGUUCCCUCACUUGGGUCACCCCCACAAUCCUCCAUAGCAUACCUUAAGACUCUUCCUUCAACCAUUGACUCCGUCUUUCUUCCUCCAAUCAGCAAAGAACAAUUUCCCCAAGGACUAUACAUGGGACUACAAAUUCAACUUACCGUUACUCUUUCUCUCCCAUCAAUACACGAGGCUCUCAGAUCCUUGUCAUCUAAAGUCCGUUUAACUGCAUUGGUGGCUGAUGUUUUUGCAUUCCAAUCCUUGGAAAUUGCAAAGGAGCUCCACGCCUUGUCCUAUUUUUACUGUCCUGGUUCAGCUAUGGCAUUGUCACUGGUUUUACAACUACCAAAACUAGAUGAGGAGGUUUCAGGUGAGUUUAAGGACCUGGUGGAACCUAUAAAGUUACCAGGUUGUGUACCACUCUGGGGGGUUGAUCUUCCUGCCCCAACCCAAAAUCGAUCAAGUGAAGCUUACAAGAGUUUUCUUGAACGUGCCAAAGCGAUGAUUAUAGCUGAUGGGAUGAUCAUGAACACCUUCUUAGAUUUGGAAUCAGGUACUAUAAGAGCAUUGGAAGAAUCGGUAAAUGGGAAGAUCAAACUGUACCCUGUGGGACCCAUUACACAGAAAGGGUCAAGCAACGAGGAUGAUGAGUGUUUAAGUUUAAGAUGGUUGGACAAGCAGCCACCUUGUUCAGUGUUGUAUGUUUCUUUUGGAAGUGGAGGAACACUGUCUCAACACCAGAUCGAUGAGCUAGCUUUGGGUUUGGAAUUGAGUGGUCAAAGGUUCUUAUGGGUUUUGAGAGCACCAAGUAAUUUACCUAGUGCUGCUUACCUUGAGACUGCAGAGGAGGACCCUUUGCAAUUCUUACCAAAAGGGUUUUUGGAAAGAACAAAGGAGAAAGGUUUGGUUGUGGCUUCAUGGGCACCUCAGGUUCAGAUCCUUGGUCACAGUUCAGUUGGUGGGUUCCUGAGCCAUUGUGGUUGGAACUCGACUUUGGAGAGUGUGCAAGAGGGAGUGCCUCUGAUAACAUGGCCACUCUUUGCAGAGCAGAGGAUGAAUGCAGUGAUGUUAGCUGAAGGACUGAAAGUUGCAUUGAGGCCAAGAUUUAACGAGGAUGGCAUAGUGGAAAAGGAGGAAAUUGCAAAGGUGAUAAAGUGUUUGAUGGAAGAAGAAAUAGGUAAAGGAAUGCGUGAAAGAAUGAGGACUUUGAAAGAUGUUGCUGCUCAUGCACUCCAAGAUGGUUCUUCAAAACAAACCUUGUCAAGGUUGACUAGUGAAUGGGAAAAUUUGAGUGGUAAUUAGGAAACUAGUAUUUUUUUUCUUUCUGAAAUUGUUCUCUGAAUGUAUGCUUUUCCUAAUUUGUUUUCUUCAUGCAUUAUGUGGUUAAUGGUGAUUGAGUUGUUUGGAAGAUGUAUCUUUGACACGUAACAGAGACAGUAAUUUUAUUUUA